AUUUGUACCUCAUUUAUUUUUAUAAACAGAGAAAUAGCCACACCUCCUGUCAAGGCUAUAAAAAGACCACUUUCCUGCCCACAAGUGUUGGCAUUGGCACAGUCGCUGUGCUAAAAGGGCAGGAAGCGGAUUUUAUUACUUAUCCACACAAUCAAGUAGGUUCAGAAUAAUAUCUCAUAUCUACCGGAAAUUAUAAUUCUUAACAAACGCUUACAUUAACAAUAUAAAAGGCAUACAAGCACCACAAACUAAUUAACGUAUAAUAUAUUUCAAUUGCUUUCAGUAUCGACCAAUUAAAAAUGACAAAUGGUAUAAUUAAUAUCAUGAGUGAAAAAUGAACAUAUUAUGGUCAAAUGUUAAACUAACGCAGCAGUAAGUAUAUUCAAGAAACAUAAGAAACUGGGGGUGGUGCUUUGGGAACUCCGAUUAUAAUUUAUAAAUAAAAAUAUAUAUAUUUAGUUCACCUGUGGUGCUUUUAUUUUGAAUCUGCGUACCGGAAAUUCAUCUACACGAAUCCGGGUAACUUGACGUGGCGUCGCUGGCCGCCCAGGGCACAUUUAACCACUACUGUUGCUCGGCCCGUUUGGUGCGUGAGACGGCCGUUUUGCACCACGCGCGGACUCAACACAAACAUCUGCUCUCUUUCGCCGAACAUCUGCCCGCCACGAUGAACGGUAAGUCGUCGAACGGUUCGCCGGGAGGAAUGGCCUCCAUCGAGGGUCUCCCCCCGCUGCCGAAGAGCCUGAGCGGCUUGCUGAACUCGAGCGGCGGCUCCUGGAGAGACAUGGAGAGGAUGUACGUGAAGAAAACCAUGAUCCAGGACGACCUGAGCCGCGGCAGGAACGCCGACAACCUGCUCGCCCACAAGCCGGCCAACCUCGACGCUGCUCUGGCCCUCCUGCGGAAAGAGAUGGUGGGUUUGCGGCAGCAGGACAUGUCGCUGCUGUGCCAGCUGUGGUCGCUGCACGAGUCCAUCCAGGAGUACAAGGGCAGCUGCCAGGACCUGAGCGCCGCCUCCAGCCUCAGCCUGAUUGAGAACGGCUACUUCGACGAGGACGACGAGUACUACCCGGAGCCCGGCGCCACUCCCACCGACGAGCAGCCGGACGGAGAAGCCGCGGGCGGCACGGCGGCGGCCAAGAACGGCAGCGGCGUCGGCAAGGACGACAGCUGGGACUCCUUUCACGUUAACAUCUGAGGCCUCGUUUUGUGCGUUUUUCUACGGAUGCGUACAUGUCUCGUGGGGGAGAGGGGGGGGGAGACAAAUACUUUUGAAUCAAGCUGGAAGACUGUCUCUGGAAACCUUCAUGGUCUCCAAGAAGGAACUGGUUGGCUAGAGGUAGCAGUUGAUGCUACGCCAUUACCAUACUAGACUCCAGCUUUCACUUCAGCUUCUCCUCAGGUGAAACACGCCCCUGCUUGUGCUGCAGAAGUGUUGUUUUUUUUUGUGUGUGUGUGUGUGUGUGUGUGUUUUUAUUUUUUUUGCAGUGAGACCAGAAGCUUGAUUAGACCGGGGGGUUGGGGGUUUUCAACAAGCGACGCCCUCUCGAGUCAGGAGUUGAGAUGGAUCGUAAUCCAGGACUCCACUUACUAAACAUUAGGCAAUAUAUAUUAUUUCUUUUUAUGAAAAACUGUGCUGCUGCAUCUAUCAAGUGGUCGCGCUAGCCAGUGACCCCUUUUUUUUUUUUUUUUACAUAUCGAAAAUAUAUGAACAAAGUUGUAUUAUUUAUUGUAUAAUAUAAAUAUCAAGAUAUUUGCUUUCCGUUACACUCAAUGGAAGUUUCUGGGGAUCCCAGAAAUUGUGACUCUGCAAAGAGACGGUGUGAGAAUGUGUGUGUUUUUACUUUUAAGGUGGUGAAAUCAUUAAUUUACAUAAAAGCAGACGGUCUGGACGGAAGUAGUCAGACCGGAAGAAUAGCUCAAGAUGAGGAGUCUCUAUUCUCUUGACACGGUCUAGAGGUGCAGCAGAUAUUUGCUCUGAAAUAGUGUGAACCUUUUAAAGCUUUUGGUGCUUCAACACAACACGGGCCACUUUCAGGUCUGUUGUCAUAGUUACGGCCAUCACUCCCAUCGAUGUUAAUGCCGCAGAGAUGUGGACUUCAUGACGGGUGAAGUAACGUGAGCGCUCAAGUCUCCGUGUUCUGUAUGGUCACAACGGAUCAACAAUAAUCAACAGAGCCAGGUAUAAAGUGCUCACUGGCUGCAAGAGCUUACGAUAUUCAAGAAGAAAAAAAAGAAUCAUUUUCCACAUAACCAGCUUGAGACUGUUCUGGAGUUUACCAGACGAUACGGGUCGCUAACCAGAUUGUAGCAGCAAGUGGUUUUAAUUCAUCUCAAUGUAUCUGUGCCGGCCACUCGAGCCCCCCCCCCCCCCCCCGUUACGCCACACCAUCUUUUUCUCUGACAUGAUGUUUAAAUAUUUCCACUCCACGUACGAACGGUCUUCCUUCGUCUCUUUGACGCCACGGCGAAGAGUUUAGUUGAGCCUAAAGCGCGUCCGGUUCCCCUGGUGCCGUGUCUGUGUGUAGAUCAUGUGACGCCGCCUGCUUCUCGGGCCGGUCCACUGUUGUAGUUCUGGUGGAACACAAACCAAAGAAAAGUGCAGCACUCAAGAGGAAAUUGUAUUUGGUCUGAGGGGCAGAAAUAAGCCAUUAACGAACUGCUCCUGAAUGGGUUAAACGUCCAGCACAUCGGGACAUGCGUCUUGAAUGUCUCUACCCUUCUUUUUUUUAAUUGUGGCGAUAGUUAUUGCCACUUAGUGACUGACAAGUGAAAGUCUUGUUUCUUCACCUUUGGUAAAACGCACUCUGUAUAUCCACAGAUGUUGUGUAAGUAAAAAAAAAAAUUCAAAUGUGAAGUGAAUUGAUAGGAAGCUUUAAUCAAACAGACAGUACUGCAGGGUGACGUCACAACACCGCUGGCUCUGAACAACACUUCCUCCUCGCUGCUUAUUCCCAAAUUUGUAAAUGGAACCAGAAACUUCAACACGAUCUACAGCGGAAUGUGUUGGCUCACUUUUUAUUUGUCACCCGUGUUCUCCAUAAAUGGUCAGAGGUUUUCAGGUCCCGUUUUGUCCGUAACGUCUGGGAAUAACAAAUGUCUCUCAUUUCAGCUUAAACGCGACCCCGGGAUUGUUCAUUGGAUGUCUACACAAUUAGUGCCUUUUGUAAACCUCCAGGUUUCCGAUUGUUCCACCUGUUGAAGAGAAUUCACAAACUGUAAUAUUU